AAGAAGACAAGGGGGCGUGAGAGAGAGAGAAAGAAGGAGAGAGAGAGAGAGAGAGAGAGAGACAGCGCUUCCCACACCCUGUGCUCCGUCUUCCUUCCAGGUGGUGGGAAAGGCGGCCCAAUGGGGUCCUGGGGGCGGCGGAGGGACGAGGAGAGGCGCUGAGGGCGGUGAGAGGGGGAAGAGGCGAGCGAGGCAUGGGCAUGGAGCGCGCGGUGGCCCCGGAGGCGCGCGCCGGGCGGAGGAGAGGCUUUUCGGGCGCUGGGAGCCGCGCGCGCCGCCUCCUCUUCCUCCCCUUCCUCCUCCUCCUCCUCCGCGCCAGAAGCAGAAGCAACAGCAGCCUCCGCCGCUUCCUCGUUUCGCCCUCUUCUUCCUCUUCAGGGAGCUGCUGAGGCUGCCCUCCUCCUCCUCCUCCUCCUCCUCCUCCUCCUCGCCCGCUUCCUCCCUCCAGCGAGGCAACUUCACCUCCUUUCCAUCGGCUGGCUGGCGGAGGAGGGAAGGAAGGCAGGCGCUUCCUCCCUGGCGCCCUCCCUCUCGCCUUUCCCCUCUUUCUCUCUCUCCCUUCCUGGCUUUCUUCCUGAGGGCGGGGAGGAGAGGAGCGCCAUGCGCGAGUACAAAGUGGUGGUGCUGGGCUCGGGCGGCGUGGGCAAGUCGGCGCUCACGGUCCAGUUCGUCACGGGCUCCUUCAUCGAGAAGUACGACCCCACCAUCGAGGACUUCUACCGGAAGGAGAUCGAGGUGGACUCCUCGCCCUCGGUGCUGGAGAUCCUGGACACGGCCGGGACGGAGCAGUUCGCCUCCAUGCGGGACCUCUACAUCAAGAACGGGCAGGGCUUCAUCCUGGUCUACAGCCUGGUCAACCAGCAGAGUUUCCAGGACAUCAAGCCCAUGCGCGACCAGAUCAUCCGGGUCAAGCGGUACGAGAAGGUGCCCAUGAUCCUGGUGGGCAACAAGGUGGACCUCGAAGGCGAGCGGGAGGUCUCCUUCGGCGAAGGCAAAGCCCUGGCCGAGGAGUGGAGCUGCCCCUUCAUGGAGACCUCGGCCAAAAACAAAGCCUCCGUCGACGAACUCUUUGCCGAGAUCGUCCGGCAGAUGAACUACGCCUCCCAGCCCAACGGGGACGACCAGUGCUGCUCCUCCUGUGUCAUCCUUUGAAAGGAAAGGAAAGGAACAGCCAGGCGGAUAGAGCCACUGUGCCCCUAGGUUGCAGGCCUGGGCAGACUUGGGCCCUCCAGGUGUUUUGGACUCCAACUCCCACCAUUCCUAACAGCCUCGGGGCCCUUCCUUAUCUCCCUCAGCCUUCUUGUGUCAUCCUUUGAAAGGAAGAGCCAGGCGGAUAGAGCCACUGUGGCCCUAUAUUGCAGGCCUGGCCAAACUUGGGCCUUCCAGGUGUUUUGGACUCCUACUCCCACCAUUCUUAUCAGCCUCGGCCCCUUCCUUAUCUCCCUCAGUCACUCAGAUGAUCAGUGCUGUUCUUCUUGAGUCAUCCUUUGAAAGAAAGAGCCAGACAGAUAGAGUCACUGUGUCCAUAUAUUAGAGGCCUGGGCAAACUUGGGGCCUCCAAGUGUUUUGGACUUCAACUCCCACCAUUCCUAACAACCUCAGUCUCCUUCCUUAUCUCCCUCAGCUACUUAGAUGAUCAGUGUUGCUCUUCUUGUGUCAUCCUUUGAAAGGAAGAGCCAGAAAGAUAGAGCCACUGUGUCCAUAUAUUGCAGACAUGGGCAAACUUGGGCCCUCCACAUGUUUUGGACUCCAACUCCCACCAUUCCUAACAGCCUCAGGCCCCUUCCUUUUCCCCUUCAGCUGAUUAUGGGUAAACUUGGGCCCUCCAUGUGUUUUGGAUUCCUACUUCCACCAUUCCUUACAGCCUCGGCCCCUUCCUUAUCUCCCUCAGCCACUUAGAUGAUCAGUGCUGCUCUUCUUGUGUCAUCCUUUGAAAGGAAGAGCCAGAAAGAUAGAGCCACUGUGUCCAUAUAUUGCAGACAUGGGCAAACUUGGGCCCUCCAGGUGUUUUGGACUCCCAACUCCCACCAUUCCUAACAGCCUCAGGCCCCUUCCUUUUCUCCCUCAGCCACUUAGAUUAUCAGUGCUUCUCUUCUUCUGUCGUCCUUUGAAAGGAAGAGCCAGAGUCAAUGUGCCCAUAUAUUGCAGGCCUGUGCAAACUUGGGACCUCCCAAGUGUUUUGGACUUCAACUCCCACUAUUCCUAACAGCCUCAGUCUCCUUCCUUUUCUCCCUCAGACACUUAGAUGAUCAGUGUUGCUCUUGUGUCGUCCUUUGAAUGGAAGAGCCAGACGGAUAGAGCCAUUGUGUCCAUAUAUUGCAGGCAUGGGCAAACUUAGGUUCUCCAGGUGUUUUGGACUCCAACUCGCAUCAUUCCUAACAGCCUCAGGCCCUUUCCUUUUCCGCCUCAGCCGCUUAAGUGGAAGGGGAAAAGGAAGGGGCCUAAGGCUGUUAGGAAUUGUGGGAGCUGAAGUCCAAAACACCUGGAGGCCCAAAGUUUGCCCAUCCCUGCUAUACUGCAUUAUCCCCCCUUUUUUCCAUUUCUAUUUUUUGAAAAUCAAAGGUUUACAGCAGCAGCAACACCACCACAGCACAGAAAAAGGCAGCGACAAAAGCGAUACUGACAUCCUGGGAAACAAUUUUGCAUUCCGCCUGGAUUCCUUCCAGGGUUGCUGCCUUGAGUGGUGCUGCUCAUCAGUGUCAUCAUGGUUUUGCCUUCUGUCUUGUUGACAUCUGACUGGGGAGGAAGAAAAAAACCCACACACCUUCCCAAAGAAAAGCCUUGUUGGAAAUGUGGUGUUUCCCACAUGUUCGUGCCAUCGGUUUGAUUGUUGCUUAUUUCUUGUACCUCUUGGCAGAGGACUGUAUUGGCAACUGAUGCCCAGUAGGAAAGUUCACGUGUGCUCCUUUGGGGGAGAGAGAGGAAUUAGCAAUCGCUUUAGAACUGGAAGAUUAAAAAAAAACCCUGGGGAAAAAAUGAAGGGAAUCUGCAAAAGAAGAAUGUUUGUACUUGUGGAGGUACUUCAGAGCCUCCCCUUAGCAUUUUAGCCAGUGACUAGCAAACUUUUGUUUUCUGAGGAUUUCUAUGCAAAGUUGGAAUAUCAGUUCACAUGCUUAUCCCACCUGAAGAAGUCUUGCACGUGUACUACCUGGGACUUUUAAUAACACUGCUGCCAAUACGGUGUGCGAGGUGCCAGAAAAAGUGUGUGCUAAAUUUCUUGUGAAAUCUUCUAUUUUGUUUACCUGCUGUACUGAAAGGGAGGGAACGGAGAGCAUUUAUUUGCGUGUGCGUGUGUGUGUUUUUUAAAAAGAAAUCAGCUGUGAAAACAUUACAGAUCUGCACAAUUUUUAA